CUUCCCCUGUCCUCCUUUUAAUGGCGUUUGAUCAACCCAAUUUAUGAACCCUUUCUUUGAGUAUUCAUUCUGCCCCUUCUCCCCUCGCCUCUUACCUGUUUGACGAUUUUCCCCAAAGAGUUUUAGAAGCUUGUCAUUGUGUUAUGGAACUCACAGAGUUGUCUUUGGCCUCAAACCAAUGUGUUCCGGCUGAUAAAACAUGCAGUUUCAGUCCAUCAUCUGAUCAGGAUGGGUUCGAUUUUCCUUCGAAGAAGAGGAAGCUUUUCCCGAAUCAGUUCCUCGAUGUCGGUUCGCCGUUUCAAACCAGCGUUGAUCUUCAAGUUAAAGACCCUCUGCCAUUGGACUGGGAACAAUGCCUUGAUCUUGAAUCGGGUAGAAUGUACUACAUGAACAGGAAAACCUUGAAAAAGACAUGGAGUUGGCCUAAAGAUCAGAAACUCGACCUCGAGCUCAACAUUUCGCCGACAAACUCGGAUGUCUCGGAACUUUUCGAUGGUGGUUCGGUGUCGGUCGAGGACUCCGGCUACAAGCACCAACAGCAUUCUUCGAGCACCACUAACAUGGUGGCUUUGCCUUGCUUGAAUUGCCAUCUUCUUGUCAUUCUCUCCAAAUCUUCCCCUGCUUGCCCCAACUGCAAGUACGUCCACUCUCUUCCUACAUUCCAAGCCACCAAGUCUAUCAGCACCUUGAGCCUCUUAAACUAAGACAACCGUGUCAGACCCGGGUUUAGCUCGUGUCAAACCCGGGUUUAGCUCGUGUCAAACCCGGGUUUAACUCGUGUCAAACCCGGGUUUAGGUCGUGUCAAACCGGGUUUAGCAAGUCUAACAUCGAAAUCUCAAAAUCUGUAACCCUUUUCCUUGUCCCGCGUUAUGACUUGUAGGCAUAGAAUUAUAUAAAAAAGGGAACUUUUGAAGAACAUGUAAUGUUUAGUUCAAUAUUAGGCUUCAAGGCUGUACUCAGUAACAGUAAAUAUAAUCUUUCCCUUUUCGU